AGCCCCCAGAGCGCCCCCGCCCCCCCCCCGCGGUCCUCCUCGGCGGGGUGCGCCAUGGCGCGCGACGCAAGCGGCGAGUGCCGCGGCGGCGCGGGCGCCCCUCGAGGCAGCGCCGACAGCUCCGCCGGCUCGCAGGAGCUGCGGGCGGGCGCGCGGGUGGCCGUUGUGCGGGCGUGCAGGACAAACUCCCGGGAGGCCUCGGAGCUCCGCGCGGGGCAGCAGGGCGUGGUCAUCAGCAUCGACCCCGGUGGCGACGCGCUCGUGGACUUCGACGACCUGCCGCUGGCAGAGUGGGUGUUCAGGCGGAACAUGCACAAGCUCCGCGUCGUGGAAGAGGGCCCGGCGGAGGACCCGACGGAGGACCCCGCCGGGGACCAUCCUCAUUCCGCCCGGGCCGGCUGCCACCCGUUGCUGGCGCUGGCGGCCCGCUGGCACGGGCGCAAGGCCGCGGCAUCCGUCGCACCCCGCGCCGCCAGCGCCGCCGCGGGCGCCCGCGGUGGCGCGGCCGCCGCCGGUCUGGGGGAGCUGCCGCUGGGCCCAGAGGCCCCCGAGGCCCCCAGCGGCCAGGUCCCGCCCCCGUGGCGGGGCAGUGCGCCCUCGGCGUCGCCGCACCCAGCGGGCCCUCGCAGCGCGACGGCCCAGAGGAGCCGCAGCUCCCCGCCCGCGAGCCCCUCGCCGCUGGCAUGGAUGCCGAGCUCGCUGCGGGCCUCGCCAGGCAGCUCCAGCGCCGACGCUCUGCCCUGGUCCCCCAAGGGGCGCUCGCCGGGGUCGCCAGCCGCCGCCCGGCGGUGCGGUUCGCCGCUGAUGCUGCUGUCGCGCGGCCGCGGGGUCUCGCCCAGGGUCGCCGAGCAGGUCAGGCUGAACAUCUACGACCUCGGCCGAGGGGCCCCAGUGCAGUGGGCGAACGGCGUCCUCUGCAAGAUCGGCACGGGCGCUUUCCACGCGGGUGUCGAGGUAUACGGGAGGGAGUACAGCUUCGGCCACAGGUCCGACGGCUCCUCCGGGGUGGUCUGGUGCCCGCCCCGCGGCGCCGAGGGCCACGCGUUCCGCGAGGCCGUCGACCUCGGGGCGGUGCGCCUCUCGAAGAGUCAGGUGCAGCGGCUCGUCGGCCGGAUGGCCGACGAGUGGCCCGGGCGCGACUACGACCUCUUCAGGAGGAACUGCUGCCACUUCUGCGAGGAGCUGUGCCAGCGCCUCGGCGUGGCGCGGGUGCCCGAGUACGUCUUCUCGCUCGCGGCGGCGGGCGCGCGGAUCCGCGACGGCGUCGGGGUGGCGGUUUCGUCGGUGGGCACGGCGGCGAGCACGGCGAGGUCGAGCAUGGAGACGCUCACAAGCUGGGACCCAGACCAGAAGGGCCGGGCCAUCUGGACCGGGGCGAUCCAGGCCGUCGUUAUGGAUGCGGGCGGGCCGAUGGGGUUGGCAUUCACCAUCGGCAUCGCUUGCUUUGAUCUUGAGGUGUCCUGGCAACCUCUGAUCGACGAUCGCCCUCACGGCAUCGUGGACAUCAAUCGGCUGGGAGUUUGGCACAAGGAAUACGGACUGGAUCGUACGACCGACGGUAGUGCAAAUUUCUGCCAAUUGUGCGCUAACGAGUUCUCCGUCCGUGGACGCGCCCUCUGUCGACGAUCCUGCCGACUGGCCCCCGACCAGCCGAUGGGGAUCAAGGAUCGAGGUGCGCAGAUCGACGCCGGCGCCUUCAAUGGACAAGUUUUGGGCACUCUGGAGGUUCUCGUGGGCACGGGUGGACACCGCUCGAAAAACUUGCCAGUGUUUUCUUCUUCAUAUUCGUAG